AUGGCGCAAGGGAAGCCGUACCGGUACGGACUGAUCGCGGCCGGCUGCUGCGUGGUGGCCGCGGGCCUCUUCAUCAUGACCAGGGAGAGGCCCCACGUCUACGCCACCAUGUGCGCCCUGGGUGGCGGCAUGGUUCUGAUCGGGACCGCCUGGAGCAUGUGCCAGUGUUACCCCAAGGUAGUAGUCAUUCCCGGGAUGUGGGAGAAGAACCUAGAGGAAGUAACGGACAUCAGUCAACAUGAGAGCGCUUACCUAUUGUUUGUUACGACCUCCUCCAUUAAGGCGGCGUGGCGCGUGCCCGGUCGCUUCUUGGUGAUACUGCAUCAGGAGGGCGACGUGCACGCCAGCGUCCGGAGGCUGAGGACCACCGCGGCCGUGAGCGGCCACCAAGUGGAGGUCCUACGCACCUUCUUCUUCUUUUCGGGGGCUCUUCGAGGCUUCCUGGUCAAGAUGAGCAGUGAUGUCAUUCAACUGUUGCUGAAUCUCCCUCAUGUCCAAUACGUGGAGGAGGACUCCUUCAUCUUCGCUCAGAGCGCCCCCUGGAACCUCCGCAGGUUACUGCACCCUCACCCUGGCGACACCUGGGAAAACGCAACAUACAACCCCCCCAAUGACGGCAGCAAGGCGGAGGUUUACCUGAUGGACGGCGGCGUUCGGGGCUCUCACAGAGAGCUGCGAGGACGAGUGGUCGCCACAGAUUCCAGGGACAUUCUGGAAGAAGAUGCAGUCAAAGUACAUCUCCAGGCUAGUCGAUGUUACAGUCACGGCACGCACAUAGCGGGCGUGGUGAGCGGGGCGGACUUGGGUGUGGCCCGGGGUGCUGGCAUCCACUUGGUGCCGGUGCUCAACUGUCAUGGGAGGGGCUCCGUGUCGGGGGCUCUGGCAGGCUUGGACUACAUUUGGGAAAGCGUACGAGGGGCUUCGACAGUCGUGUUGCUGCCCUUCGUCGGCGCCUUCAGCCGCUCAGUGAACGCAGCCAGUCGUGAGCUGGUGGCGAGCGGUAGCGUGGUCGUGGCCGCAGCUGGGAACUACCGAGACAACGCCUGCCUCUACUCGCCGGCGUCCGAACCUGAGGUGAUUGCCGUGGGGGCGGUCGACGUUUGGGACCAGCUGGUAGCGCAAGGGGUGGGCGGCACCAAUUUCGGCCCGUGCGUAGAUCUGUUUGCGCCGGGUGAUGACAUCAUCAGCGCUAGCAGCGAAUGCGACACCUGCUUCAUGGCCCGCAGUGGAACCUCACAAGCGGCCGCGCACGUGGCAGGCAUCGCGGCAGUGCUCCUGUCAUCCAAUCAGAAAGCGUCACCGGUGCAGGUACUUCACGCGAUGAUACGCUACUCCGACGCAGGCGCAGUGGACGUCGGCCCGCUUUCGGCGACGAAUCGCCUCAGCACCCCCAACCUGGUGGCCGCCAUGCCGCCGCCUGUCAACACCACGACAAGUGGGGGGCUUCUGUGUCGCCCCGUGUGGUCAGAGAAGGCCGGACCCCCCGAGACCAUUGCUCGUUGCCGUCGGGGGGAGCUGAUGCUGGACUGCCGAAGCCACCGUCCACGCGGAAGCCGACCCGGGCGAGCCGUACGCGUAAAACAUGCCGACGUGAUGGAGUGCGUGGCCCGUGGGGCAGUUCAUGCCGUGGCCCGCUGCUGCGUGACGGACGGCCUGCCACCCCACCUAUCAGGCUCCGAGUGCAGAGUUUCAGAAUUGGGGGACGGUCCUUCCUGUCCUCCGGGCUGGACCCCGACCGAGUGGAGCCCGGUCGCCGAGGGCGACACCGAGGGGAUCGCCGUCUGCUGUCGCCGCCGAAGAGUGUAAACUUGAACUCGCGUUCUUUACGAUGCGGCCAAUCAGGGGCGAGCAGCGUGAAAUCAAAAUCACGCAAUCAAAUGGAACGCAUGACGAGGCGGCAGAUAAUCAGCUUGAUUACGGUCGGCCUGAUUAACAUUCAAGUCCGCGUGUGGCUUUGUAGAACUUAACAAGCUCACAGCGGUAAUUGUUGUUCCGUUCAAGCCCGA